CCCGCACUUCAAAGAAAAAAGUAAAUAAAUAGAAGAAAAAAAUCAACAAUUUAUUUUUUUAAAUAUUUUUAAUCUCUUUCAUUAUAAUGAUACUCAUAAGUUUUACAUUGAUAUUAUUUUGUUUUUUGUCUGCUAAAUCAAUUAAUGCUGAAUGCACAACACAGAAUAUUUGUGAAUGUGUUUAUAGUGAUGGAUCUGGAUAUAGCUUCAAAAAUCUCUUAAAUCCUGUUAAUUCAAGUUUGAAGUCUUAUGCUGGAACUGAUAUUCAGAUUUUCUUUAAUCCAUGCUUUGACUCAAAAGAUCUUCCAACUUUUCCUGAAAAUACUACGAAUGAUUGCAAGAAUGGCUUCACUUUGUGUGUUUAUGAUUCCCUUAAAAAUCACUCCUUUGUUUUGGGAACAACUAAAGAUACAAAGUUCAAAGAGGAAGGAGAUCAAAUUUUCAUGACAUUUGGAACAACUAGCAACAUAUCAUCAACUGUACUACUACAAUGUACACCAAAUUCAAAGACUUCAACUUUAUACGCUCCAAAGGAAACAAAUGAGAACAAUACCAACUUAAUUUUAUUUAGUAACAACGCAUGUAUUAAACAGAUCAAACAAAUUGAAGCUCCUGGAUUUUUUUCCACAUUCUUUCUCAUAGCAUUCAUUGUGCUGUUGACAUACUUAAUCAUAGGAAUAAUUUACAAUUACUUCUUUGUCGGAGCUCGUGGUUAUGAAUUGUUACCAAACUACGAUUUCUGGUGCAAAUUAUGGAUAUCAGUCAAAUUAGGAUUUUAUUUUGUGAAAAAUGGAUUCCGUGUUGUGCCAACAGAAGAUAGUUACGAUGCUAUUUAAAUUUCCAUAGCAUUAAUCAUCUUGACCAAAAAAUUGUGAAUUUUCAUCAAGUCUGAGUUCUUAAAACAGAACAUUUAUUUUUUGUUCUAAAUCAUUAUGCUUGUUAAUGCUGAAUGUUUUAUUGUUGUGAUCAAUAUGCUUUCAUGAAUUAAAUGAAUAAAUUGAUAAAUCAUUUUAAAAAAAUA